AUGUGCUCCCGCCAGGACAAAGACCAGUGCCACCGGCAAGAACGGUCCUCAUGCCACAGCAGUGAAGGGUGCCACAGGAGCAACGGAUCCACAUGCCACGGGAGCGGUGGUGGAUCUGGAUGCCACGGGAGCAGUGGGGGUGGUGGCUGCCACAGCUCUGGCGGUGGUGGCUGCCACGGGAAGCCACAGGUCCAGUGCCAGCAGCAGCAGCAGCAGCAGCAGCAGGUCCACCAGCUGCCCUCACAGAAGCUGAAGUGA